UGGCUCCGGAUCUGAACCUGCGUGUGCGGGGAGUGACAGAGAAUACCAUUGACCUGGAGUGGGAGGGGUCGGUGUUGAUGACAGACUAUCUGGUCACCUACGUGGCCACCAGCGCAGGUGGGGUCCAGCUGGAGAUCAGGGUCCCUGGGAACACCACCACCUGCAGUAUCCCAGACCUGGAGCCUGGCAUCGAGUACAACAUCAACGUCUACGCUGUGCUCAACAACGUCAUUAGUGUUCCUGCCAAUGCUCAGGUGUCAACCUGUGAGUACAACAGGCAGCCAUUUUCUAUUACUAUUUUAUUUGGGCCUCAUCGUGUCAAGUGGACCUCCGCUUAAUUCUUCCACAAGGUCAACUUUUUUCUGCUUAGGUUUCCUUUCAGGUGUCACCUGUGAAUACUACAAUAUACAGACAUCCACUUUCUACUAAUCACACUUCUUCCUUUACAGGAAAGUGGUCUUAGAAGGUUGAGUGUACCGUCACAGACAGGGGAGGGAUUUUUGAUUUGAUUUGAUUUAUUAGGAUCCCCAUUAGCCCACGCCAAGGUCAGAACACUUGAAACUUUUCACACACAAAAGGGACUGCACUAUGGAUGCUAUGAAAAAAACACGCUACUUGCCAGAAUUGAAACAUGUCACGUAAAUUUUACCUACAAACAAAUCAACCAUUGUUAUACUGUAUACUCUAGGCACCUUAUCCUCACCAUUGAAAUCUGGGAACUUAGGUUUUCCACAACAACAACGCAAAAACUCACACAUACACAUACAUUCACAGACAAGUUUUGAGGAAAAUCCUGUUGGAAGGAGGAGGCCCAUCUUUGCCAACAGGAUGUGAUUAGACUCUUGCCACCUGCUGGGUAUAAAUGCCAGAUUUGCAAAUUGCUGCAGGCUCUUAGUUUCCAGUCAACAUUUCUCAGACAUAUGCAAAACUCUCACUCAGGCCCAGAAUAGAACAUGUUUAUACAGUAAACGUUCAAUUAGCUGUCACGGAUUGAUUGGGCCUUCACUACAAAAUUACAAUUCUCAUCAGCAGGCAACACUCCUGGUUCUGAGAUUUUCACUAAUUUUGAAAUGAUAAAGUAAAUAUAGACAGGAGUAUGUUCAUGCAAUUAUCCUCCAGGUUGUCUCUCUCUACCUAUAAUAUAAUUGUGAAGCUUGCAUAGUUAGUUAUUUGCAUAGUUAUUUUAUGUUUUCAUUAGACUGAUAUACUGUGUCUGUGUGUUUAUAGCUCAAAGCUGACCUAAUGAAGAAACAUUUUAUGUAGGGACCAUGUAAACAAUUACUGUAUUAAACAGUUUGUUCAAAAGUAAUGGAUGUGCACCUGCUACCUGGCCUGUCGUCCACUAUGAAAUAAACAUGCUUUAGCCACAGGGUGAGGUCCUCUUCCCCCUGCCCCUAUGCAUGGAGUGCUCUGUAAAAAGGGAGAUUUAUUGAGUAUACAGAAGAUGGAGGCCUAUAAUACAGCUCUCCUUGCCUCCUAGAUCUCUCAAAUCCAGACGGUUUACUCUUCAAAUCCAUCACAGAGACGUCCGUGGAGGUGCAGUGGCAACCAUUCUACUACUCAUUUGAUGGCUGGGAAAUAAGCUUCAUUCCCAAGGUAAGGUUUCACCAACAGAGAGGACAGAUGUUUAUUCAAUACUGGCUACAUCACUAAACAUUUGAAUGAAUGAAUGUUGUUACAGUGUAGACACAUUGUUACAUACAUUUGUUACAUUUAACAGAUGCUCUUAUCCAGAGUGACUUACAGUAGCAAUUAGGGUUAAGUGCCUUGCUCAAGGGCACAUCAACAGAUUUUUCACCUACUCGGCUCAGGGAAUCAAACCAGCAACCUUUCGGUUACUGGCCCAACACUCUCAACCACUAGGCUACCUGCCACCCUAUCUCUAGAAUCCCCUACCAUGCAGAUAAUAUUUCUGCCUAGGGAUUUGUGAAAAACUGUUUUGAAUUUGAACAAAACAGAAGUUUGUAUAAAACAUGAAUCAACACCAUACAAAUGUUGACAUCUACCUUGCCUACAGUAUUGAUGAAAGAAAAAUGUAUUCUAGAACAAAAAUAAUACAAGUCAAAAUGCAUAUGCAGCUUCCCCAUAGAGAUGAAAACAUUCAGGGUUGGCGAUGUUCUGGGAAGAGCAGUGGUACUGUACACAGCAGUAUGCUGAACAACAACAACAACAACAACAACAACAACAACAACAAACAAACUGUACAAUAAAACCUGUCAUUUUCAACUCAGUCUGGUUACAUCUCAGGAGAGUUUCUUUUGAAAUACCAACAUUAUAUUACUAUAUAUAUUACUACAACAUUAUAUUGCAACAUUAUAUUACAUUUUUGAUAUGCCCAUCCAUGGUUAAAUUUUUACUCUUGGAUGGUUGAAAAAGUGGAACAUUUGUGGAGGGGAUUGAUUUCUUACCCUUCAACUUAAAGUCUACCAAAUUAGUUGAUGGAUUGCCCAAGGCUUAUUGACGAUUAGGUGGAUCAGCAAGCAGGACCCAUCUUCAAACCCAUAGCCAUUUUAGCCACAGGUUCAAAGUUAGGAGAGCUUUCCCUUUAAUUCCCUCUAUAAACACCAGGUACUCUAAUCCUCAGUCCCUCUCUCUAUAAUUGGCUUUCUCCUUUAGGUGUUCCCGGCUAGGAGGAUAGAAGUUUGGCUGGGCUCAAGGACUUAAAGCUGGGGCUUUUAGAUGAAAAGCAUAAAUGCCAUGGAAACAAACUCGGGAAAGCUCUUUUGGAGGUGACAGACUAUGAAUACAAAGCGACAUGGGAGUAGUUGGGUCACAGUGCACUUUAAUCUACAUCAUUGGGUGUGAGGCUGCCUACGAGACUCUGCUAGCUAGCUCCUUCCCCAUAAGGGGUCUGAGUUCAACGUCAACGUCGUCACUUGGGAAAUCAUAUUAGAAGUCAGAGUCUCAACCCCUCUGGAUUUAAUCCAAAAGGAAAGAUUAACAAUAACGUAAUGGAUGUGAGCAUAAAAGUGGCGGCUGGGGACAAACAAGAGCCCACAGUGCCAAAAGCACAAAGAGAUGAGGGCUCGCCCACUGAGUCACCCCACACCAACAGCAGUUAUCUGAUACGAAGUGGCCCUGGAAUUAACAUAUUCACUGUUUUUUACUCAAUAUUAUCAUACCAAUGUACUUAUCAGGAUGGUUCACUUCAGUCAGUCAGCCAGUCGGCAGGUAGCCUAGCUGUUUGACCGUUGGGCCAGUAACCGAAAAAUCUACACAUUACACCGCACCUAUCCGGUGUAUGUGACAAUAUAACUUUUUUGUUUCGUUUUUUGUCUGUCAAUCAAUCAAUCACCAACCUGUCAAUCAAAUAUUUUGUAUAUCACCCUUUUUACAAAGUCAUUUAGCAUAGAACUCUUAACAAGACCUGGAGCUUAACCACCAAAUGAACAACCAACGAAAGCUGAAUUUAUAAUAAAGCCAAUCACAAUAUCAUAUUUAUAGAUGCCAUAGCUUGGUGCUCGUCAGAGCAGUGAGGAUUGAGUUUUAUUCAGAUCAUUCCCCUGCAUAAACAUCUGUCUGGGGGAGUAGCCCACAUGGAACCAUGUCCAUCAAGAGCAGGUGGGAUUGUUUACCUGUGUAUGUAUAUGAGAAGAGCAGGGCCAGAUUACCGGACGGGCACGCAGGGCACCUUUUUGGGGGUAGGUUGGGGGCCCCCCUGGAGAAUUGGGGGCUCUCAGAUAGCAUAUGUUGCAAAAUGUGUAGAAUUGCAGUAAAUAUGAUUUGAAACUGCGGUAGUCCGGCCCUGGAGAGGAGCCCAAGUGAAGCCAGAAAGUGUGUCCCAAAUUGCACCCUGUUCCCUUUAUAGUGCACACAUUUUUACCAGAGCCUUAUUGACCCUGGUCAAAAGUAAUGGACUAUAUAGGAAAUAGGGUUCCAUUUGGAAACCAUACUAUACUGUAUAUGACAAGAGGAGUCCAAGUGAAGCCAAAGAGUUCUGCCUGUCUGUGUUGUCUGACAGGACAAUGAUGGAGGGAUGACAGCCCAGCUGCCCAGCACCAUCACUUCAUUCCACCAGACAGGCCUAAGGCCAGGGGAGGAGUACACCGUCAACCUGGUAGCUCUCAGGGACCAGGGCCGCAGCCAGCCCGUAUCCGCUACCGUCACCACAUGUAUGUAUGGUUCCGUCGGUAAUCCCAUAAACCUCACUAAGCCAUCAUUAGCAAACUAGCAAACAUUUGGUUGUUGAAAUAUCCUUGUUUGAGGGUGUUUGAGGGCGUAGACCUGUGGAAGUCUCAUGUGUAUGGCAUCCAUAUUAGGAAGUCCCAUAGUUUUCAGGCUAAACUCCCUGUCACUGAAAAUGAGUUUCUUUGCCUCUCAUAUGUUGUCUCUAUGUGUUCCGGUAUCCCCACCCCCUACCCUGUUCUCUCCAUGUGAUAGUCUUAAGGCUAAUCAGUGUAGCUCAUAAAAAGACCACUCAAGAUGGGGGAACUCACACAUACAAAUCUCACACACAACACAUGCAUCACACAGCUGAGACUAAUGGGAAAUGUCACCUUGACGAAUGGCUUGGUCUGCCAGCAAUUAUGCACUUAAUGUAAACUUCACCCAUGAAUUCCUCAGAUUGACAGUUCCAGACAGUAGGAUUAGAUUCAAUUGAACUUUUCCAUAACAAUUCAAAUGACUAGCUGAGCAUUCAUAAAUUCUUCAACAUAUCCACCCGCAGAUACAGUUGAAGUCGGAAGUUUAAAUGCACUUAGGUUGGAGUCAUUAAAACUCAUUAGUUAACAAACUAUAGAUUUGGCAAGUCGGUUAGGACAUCUACUUUGUGCAUGACACAAGUCAUUUUUCCAACAAUUGUUUACAGACAGAUUAUUUCACUUAUAAUUCACUGUAUCACAAUUCCAGUGGGUCAGAAGUUUACAGACACUAAGUUGACUGUGCCUUUAAACAGCUUGGAAAAUUCCAGAAAAUUAUGUAAUGGCUUUUGAAGCUUCUGACAGGCUAAUUGACAUCAUUUGAGUCAAUUGGAGGUGUACCUGUGGAUGUAUUACAAGGCCUACCUUCAAACUCAGUGCCUCUUUGCUUGACAUGAUGGGAAAAUCAAAAGAAAUCAGCCAAGACCUCAGAAAAAAAUGGUGCAUCCUUGGGAGCAAUUUCCAAAUGCCUGAAGGUACCACGUUCAUCUGUACAAACAAUAGUACACAAGUAUAAACACCAUGGGAUCACGCAGCCAUCAUACCACUCAGGAAGGAAACGCGUUCUGUCUUCUAGAGAUGAACGUACUUUUGUGCGAAAAGUGCAAAUCAAUCUCAGAACAACAGCAAAGGACCUUGUGAAGAUGCUGGAGGAAACAGGUACAAAAAUAUCUAUAUCCACAGUAAAACAAGUCCUAUAUCGACAUAACCUGAAAGGCCGCUCAGCAAGGAAGAAGCUGCUGCUCCAAAACCGCCAUAAAAAAGCCAGACUACGGUUUGCAACUGCACAUGGGGACAAAGAUCAUACUUUUUGGAGAAAUGUCCUCUGGUCUGAUGAAACAGAAAUAAAACUGUUUGGCCAUAAUGACCAUCGUUAUGUUUGGAGGAAAAAGGGGGGCUUGCAAGCACGGGGGUGGCAGCAUCAUGCUGUGGGGGUGCUUUGCUGCAGGAGGGCCUGGUGCACUUCACAAAAUAAAUGGCAUCAUGAGGAAGGAAAAUUAUGUGGAUAUAUUGAAACAGCAUCUCAAGACAUCAGUGAGGAAGUAAAAGCUUGGUCGCAAAUGGGUCCAAUGACCACAAGCAUACUUACAAAGUUGUGGCAAAAUGGCUUAAGGACAACAAAGUCAAUGUAUUGGAGUGGCCAUCACAAAGCCCUGACCUCAAUUCUAUAGAAAUGUGUGGACAGAACUGAAAAAGAGUGUGCGAGCAAGGAGGCCUACAAACCUGUGUCAGUUACACCAGCUCUGUCAGGAGGAAUUGGCCAAAAUUCACAAAACUUAUUGUGGGAAGCUUGUGGAAGGCUACCCGAAGUAAAAAAAAAUGUAAAGGCAAUGCUACCAAAUACUAAUUGAGUGUAUGUAAACUUCUGACCCACUGGGAAUGUGAUGAAAGAAAUAAAAGCUGAAAUAAAUCAUUCUCUCUACUAUUAUUCUGACAUUUCACAUUCUUGAAAUAAAGUGGUCAUCCUAACUGACCUAAGACAGGACAUUUUUACUAGGAUUAAAUGUCAGGAAUUGUGAAAAACUGAGUUUAAAUGUAUUUGGCUAAGGUGUUUGUAAACUUCCGACUUCAACUGUACCUCAUUGGAUAAAGAAAGACACAUUUGAAGUCACUUAAUUAUUUCUGGGCGUAAAGAUUUAGCCAUCCUUCUUCGAGGAAAGAAAAAAAAAGAAAAGGAUAUCAAACUUCUGGUGAGGGAUUUCAUUCUUGGCCAAGAAUCUUGAAACCCCUUGUACGAUCUUCAAGUAACAUGGCAUGCUGUCAGGUUUGCUGCAAGAAGAGUUUCGCAGUCAGGUACAGUAGGUGUUCCAGGUGUUAAUGUUUGGGUCAGAAGCAUGGGAGAGGUUUAGCUUCGUUUCAAGGUCUGUUGAAGCAGCAGAUGUUCCCUGCUGCAGCCUCAGUGAAAAACAAGUUAAUUAUAAGGAAAGCCAAUUAGCACUCUCUGAGAGACGUGACUAAUCAGAGGGCACCACUCUGACAUUGUUCCCUCCCAGAAUGAAAAUGCUAUAAAAGUAGUGUACUGUUCAGUAGAUUUACACUGCAGCAAAUGUUCCUCCACCUCCAAUAAUGUUUUUUUAAUGCUCAUAUAGCCAACAGCAUAAUGUGUUUUUCCCAGACGUAAUCUAAUUAUUGUUGGAUCCACACAAUUGCCAUGGAGACAAUUUGAUUAUUGGGUGUAUUUUUGGUAGCUAUUUCUAUAACGCCCCAAGUCUCUUGUUUUGUUUUACAUGGUCAGCAAUUAAUAUAAUGCAUUCACUGCCAACAGCUUCAUUUUACAUUUCUAAAUGUGAUUCAAAUUUCAAAAAGGCACUCACACAUCUGAUAUAUCUUGUUGCAGGUGCAUGGGAACAAAGCGAUCAUUUCAACGAAAGAGAAACCUGCACACUGCUCUUCCUAGUAUCAUUUUUUUUUUAAGCUUACGUUUCUAAAUGUGCAAAGCAGUGGUUUUUUAUUAAUUCUGGUGCUGUUUGGUACAAAACUAGUCAUGGCUACCUCAUGCCGUAUUAGUGUGAACUGUACUUAUGCUAACUACCCAAAUGGGUCUUUAGAUCAUGAACCCUGUCUCCAUAUUUAUCUUUGCUAUCUCCUACAGUGAUUGAUGGGCCGACUCAGCUGAUAGUGCGUGACGUCUCAGACACAGUGGCCUUCGUGGAGUGGACCAAUCCCAAGGCUAAGAUCGACCAGAUAGUACUGCGUUACGGCCUGGUGGGGGGGGGCGGGCCUAAGACCACCUUCCGUCUGCAGCCCACCCUCAGCCAGUACUCCCUGCAGGUGCUGAGGCCAGGUUCGCGUUACGAGGUGUCCAUCAGUGGUGUUCGCAAGGGCAAUGAGAGUGGAACCAUCUCCACAGAAUUCAGUACCGGUGAGGACCGUCAAACAACUGGACCAUACAACCAGCUGCUUCUAGAUCAUUGUGCAUGCCAUGUUUGAUGGAAUAAGUAUAUUUCAUGUGAACACAUACAGCACUGUAUACAUACCUGUACAUCCUUAAAAUAAACUGUACUAUUUGUUAAGCUCUAUACAUUUUCAAUGUCUUCCAUUACGAAUACAUUAAAAAUGCCAAACAUGUAGGUCUACUGGCAUGCUUUUUAAAGAUGUAUUCACGGCAGAAACGAUACCAGUCAUAGCCAUCAAAAUAAGUGUAGCUUUGAAUGUAUUAUUUUAAAUUAUAUUAUUAUCUAUAAUUCUAUUCUAUUUCUAUGGUCAUAUCAUCCUGUUUUACUAUCUGACUUACUGAUGAAACUGCAUGUGGAAACCAUGUCCCACUUCUGAUGAUUGGUCUCAGUGGCCCCAACAUUGUCAGUUCUGUUGUUCCUCUCAGAGAUCGACGCACCCAAGAACCUGCGGGUGCUGUCCAAGGCCUCCACCACCCUGGAGCUGGAGUGGGACAACAGCGAGGUGGAAGUAGAGGGGUACCAGGUGGUCUACAGCACCCUGGCAGGGGACCGGUACGAGAAGGUCAUUGUCCCACGCAAUGAUGGACCCACCAGCAGAACCACACUCACAGGUGGGGUAACUUUAGUUUAUGUUACACCUCUGUUUUUAGGACAACAUAAUAUAAUGUGGGGCCUCCGGAGUGGCUCAGCGGUCUAAGGCACUGCAUCGCAAUGCUGAGGCGCCACUACAGCCUAGGGUUUGAUCCCAGGCUGUGUCACAGCCGGUCAUGACCGGGAGCCCCAAUUGGCCCAGCGUCAUCCGAGUUAGGGGAGGGUUUGUCCGGGGGGGAUUUCCUUGGCUCAUCGUGCUCUAGCGACUCCUUGUGGCGGGCUGGGCGCCUGCAAGCUGACUUUGGUUGUCAGUUGGACGGUGUUUCCUCCGAUACAUUGGUGCGGUUGGCUUCCGGGUUAAGCGAGCAGUUUGUUAAGAAGCAGCACGGAUUGGCAGGUCAUGUUUCAGAGGACGCAUGACUCUCGACCUUCGCCUCUCCCGAGUCUGUUGGGGAGUUGCAGCGAUGAGACAAGAUCGUAACUACCAAUUGGAUAUUAUGAAAAAAGGGGGUAAAAAAAGAAAGUUGUGUUCAUGCUUUACUAUAGUGUAAUAUGAUAAGGAUGUCUGUUGAAUGACUGAGCGAGAUUCUAAUGUCGUGGAUUUUGUUUUAAUUUUUAUCAAAGUAUUGAUAGGUUUCCAGACAUGAGUUUUCAGAUGUCUGUCUUCAGGUGUCUGUCUUCUGUAAAGGGAAUAUCAGCAUAAGGGAACGCCUUGUCUGCGGGAUGACAGCUAUCAAUGCUUUCCUCUCUCCAUUUCUGUAACCACUGAUGUAAUAUUGAUUUUUACUCUGAUUAAUUAUGCGGUUGAAAAAAGGUUAGCAAAAAUCUUAAGAAAACAUAUUGAUGAACGGGGUAUUUGGCAAGCCCUUCAUUAUUAAUGCAGUUUUUAAUAGGCAGGUCUGUAAGGCUCCAUCUGCUUGCUAAUUCUUCCUCUUUAAUAUCAUCAUACUGUAUUGUCCGCCAGGGUAUUGCAUGGAGAGAUUCGUUCACAUCACCAGCUAAUGUUUAAUCAUUUUCUGUUCACAUACUAAUUAAAAUCAAUAGCUGGCCCGGUAUUCUCUAUGUGUCUCUCUCCUCGUCCAUCUGUCAUACUCUCAUACACACUCUCUUCCUCCCUCUCUCUAUCUCCCUCUCUCUUCCUCCCUCUCUCUCUCUCCCUCUCUCUUCCUCCCUCUCUCUUCCUCCCUCUCUCUCUCUCCCUCUCUCUACCUCCCUCUCUCUCUCUCUCCCUCUCUCUUCCUCCCUCUGUCCUCUCUCUCUCUCUCAUCCUCCCUCUCUCUCUCUCCCUCUCUCUUCCUCCCUCUCUCUCUCCCUCUCUCUUCCUCCCUCUCUUCCCACAGACUUGUUGCCAGGUACAGAGUAUGGCAUUGGCAUAUCGGCCAUGCUUGGCACCAACCAGAGUUCUCCUGCCACAAUGAACGCCAGAACUGGUAAGUGAGUUAAUCGCCUGGCUCAUCUGUGCAAAUCAGUGAUCUAACACAGAAAAUCACAACUACCAGUAUCAGUAAACAGAAUUUCACCUACAUGUUUUGUUUGUUUGAAUUUCAUUGAAGCAUGAAAAAACUGAGUCAAAAUACCCAUUUACUGUACAUACAUUUAUUUAUAGGCUAUGCAAAUGAAUGUAGGUACAGUAUGUGUAUUUUUGUCUCCUUUUUUUAUUAGCUGCACUAAAUCAAAUUCCUAACAACUUCGGUUGGUAUGGCAGUAAAGUAUUUAAAUAAAAAUAGGUUUGUUGGUAUGUUCACUGUAUGUUGAUUAUACUUGAACUACUCUUUACUGUGUGUUUCAGGUCUGGAUGUUCCCAUGGACCUGACUGUGACAGCGUCCACAGACAGCACCAUCACCCUGCUGUGGGGGCUGGUCCAGGGGCCUAUCGACCACUACAUGGUCACCUACACCUCCUCAUCUGGGCUGACCAUGGAGGUGACUGUCCCCAAGGAUGUGACCACCACCACUCUCAAUGACCUGGAGCCAGGCACAGAAUACACCAUCACUGUAGCUGCCCAGAGAGGCAGGCAGCAGAGUACUGCAGCCACCAUCGACGCCUUCACAGGUACUGUAACGGUAUUGUACCAGGGCCAAGUAACUGACAUCACACUGUACUAUUAUAAAUAGCAGAGGUAGAAGUAGUCUAACCAUAUAAACAGCGUUUACCCCAUGAGUUAACAGGUCAAACUGCCAUGGUCAGAGGUUAUUUUCCCCCUUCUAGGGAUUCUAUUGGGCUCUGGUCAAAAGUAGUGCACUAUGCCAUAUAGGACGCAGCCUGUACUGUAACUGCACAUGUACCAGUUCCAGGAACCUGACAAUAUAUUGUACUAUUAGAUUAAUAAAAUAUGUAGUCUAUUAAUAACUCUUUCUUUUCAAAUACACUGGUUAAAGGUCAGCUUAUUCAGUGAAGCUCCCACAUCACUAUACCCGAACAGGCAAUUAUGAGCUGAAAAGUAUAAAUUAUUGCUGUACUAGAGAAUAGGCUUUCCUUGCAUGCAAUGUGGAACUACUGUUAGGAAGGUGAAUACAGAUCAAGCUAUUAGGUAGUGUCAAUCUUUGAUGCAACAAUUAAUGUAAAUCCUUCACAGUAAGCUAACAUGCUCAUUACAUGUGCUUGCUUAGCACAACACUGUCCUUUAUCCAUUAAUCCAUCCAACGGAGAAAAAAUAUUAUCUAUAGCUUUUUUUCCCCCACUCCAUUUAUCUUUCCUGUCCCUCUUUCUUUCACACUCAUGUACAUGUCUACAUCAGACAGCAAGCUGUCUUGGUAGUCUUCAUCUUUCCACUGCUUGUUGUUUUGACAACACACGUCUUUCAGCGUCUUUUAUUGGUGAAUUUUUCUAAAACAGCCAAGGCUCGUUGACGGACGUGUUUUCAUCCCAUCUCUGGUGUAAACAUUGACAUCCUUCUUUCCCUUUGUGUUCAUCAUCAUUACAUUGUCACUGGUCUCCUUCUCUGUGUGUUUUUGUCAUCUUCAGCUCUUCACAUCCACAUCCCGCUCAUUACUUUACUGCCAGUCUCACUGAGAGGGAGAGAGACUCCAGAGAGACGUGUCCAUUAUUAACCAGACAUGCUAUCCACUGACUGACCGACUCUCCCCUGCCAUGCCUGCCUCUGAAACAGCCAUCCACUUAUUGACUAACUCUCCACUGCCAUGCCUGCCUCUGAACCAGCCAUCAACUGACUGACUGACUCUCCCCUGCCAUGCCUGCCUCUGAACCAGCCAUCCACUGACUGACUGACUCUCCCCUGCCAUGCCUGCCUCUGAACCAGCCAUCUGCUGACAGACUAACUCUCCCCUGCCAUGCCUGCCUCUGAACCAGCCAUCCACUUACUGACUGACUCUCCCCUGCCAUACCUGCUUCUGAACCAGCCAUCCGCUGACUGACUAACUCUCCCCUGCCAUGCCUGACUCUGAAUCAGCCGUCCAUUGACUGACUGACUGUCUUUUGCCUGCCUGCCUGCCUCAGAACCCCAGCACCACCAGCCAUAUUGACAGCAGAUGUCCCUUAAAUCAAAUCAAAUCAAAAUCAGCCCUUUAUGACCAUGCAGCUGGUGUCUUUGACCUUUGACUUUCAGGCUUCCGCCCCGUCAUUGCGCUCUACUUGUCUGACGUCACGUGGGACUCGGUGACGGUGGCAUGGAGCGCCCCGGCCCCACCCGCAGACCUCUACAUCCUCAGCUACAGCUCUGAGGACGGCACGGACACCUCCAAAGUCACCCUGGACGGAUCCAAGACCCGGUCCUCUGUGGAGGGUCUCCUGCCCUCCACACAGUACACAGUCAGCCUUAUCACCAUACAGGGAGAGGUGACGUCUGAGGCUGUCACAGUCACGCUCACCACAGGUAGGCUAUUUGUCUCUGCAAGGGAAAGGGUCGUAUUCAUUAGUCACCAAAUGGAAGAAAACAGACUGAAACAGGGAGACUACCUAAACUUGUCCAAUGACAAAAACGUUUUGCUACGGUGUGCUCUAUUGCAUACAACCCAGAACUACGCUGAAGGUACCCAUGGUUCAAUAUGGGUCAUUCAGGGACAACAACAAGGCUAAACAACUACUGACUAAUGCAAAACUGCUGCAACGUCGUGUACAUUGAUUGACCACACUCACCACAGGUUGCAUUGAUGUCUGAAUUUGGCUGACGGUUUGCUGACCCAAGACAGUUGCUAACGAAAGACAAAUUUUCCAUACGUAGACUUUCCUGUACAAACUUCCCGUACUUAGGAUACACAUCACAUUGUACAUGCAGUACGUGCUUGGAGUUUGUUGUGGUUCGUUCUGUUUGUCAGCAAGUAAUCUAGCUCCCGAAGAGAACACCAUCCAGACACUUUUAUAGCAUGUCUCUUACUCAUUAAGAUUCUUACACUCACAGCUGCACUACUGCUGAACCACCUUUCAUUUCUUUAUUAAUGCUUCUGUGUGUAAUCCUAUCUUAAUUACCCCUGCUUGAACAUGGAGGUGUCGGGAAUAUUCACCUGUCGCAUCAGCAGGCUGUUACUCACAGUCACAGCUGCCAAGUCCAAGGAAAUAUGUAUUGUCUGAGGAGGACAGGACAACUCUCUAAACACUAUGGAGCCACCUGCAUACUGCCGUCUGAUUACUGCUCUUGUUAUUGCGUUGCUAUUUUUAGCUUGUUGUUAUCAAGCCACGUUAUUAUAUGCAAAUUAACCACAGGGUUGGUGGGCAUGCUGUGGUGCCUGACUGUCUUUGAAGGUUGAAAGUAUUUCUUUAUGUUUUCAAGUGGCACUUCUUAUGGUAAGUCUGAAUCAAGUGAUGACAACAUGUUUACUGUACCAUAUGUUGUAGUUCAACACAUAGGGUGCAUCCAAAAUGGUACCCUAUUCCCUAUUGAGUGCACUACUUUUGACCAAGGCCCAUAGAACUCUGUUCAAAAGUAGUACACUAUAUAGGGGAUAGGGUGCAAUUUGGGACACAUUAUUAGGUGAAUGUAGGUUAGACUUGUACUAUAGAAGCAAAUCACAUUGCUGCAUUCUGUCUUCAGUUUGCCCACAUUAUGUCACAUAAAUAUUGAGUCUAAAUUCAGAGCUAUUACAGCAGCCUCCAUUGCUGAAUGGGAAAUAAUAAAAAAUAGGCAUACAUGAAUAAUCACAACUUAUUUACGCCGCUGUUUCAUACUAGCAGAAUUUUAAUGAAGCUGAAGCCUAACUUAUGAAUUGUCCUCAAUGUUGGUGAAUAAUAUUUGUUAUUGUAAUGGCAAUGGGUUGGUUUUACAAAAAAAAUUAUGGCUUCAGUCCACAACAAUAGAGAGAACCAAUACCUCUAUCCAUCCCCUCCAUAAUGGAUGCCAACCUUAUAAGUCGCUUUAAUUAAGAGUCUAUCGAUGCACCCGAUCACACCCGUGCAUCAAUCUAAGUAACAUAGUAAAAAAAUCCCCAUCAAAAUCCGUCAGUUUAAGCUAGAGAUAUCAGGUUUUUGCAUGGGCUGCGUCUCAAUCCACCAAAUCUGCAUAUGUCAGCGGAGCUACAGCAGUGUUUGUCAGACCAUGAGACAUCCCGAAUAUCGGUCUUCUCACUAAAACGUCUGUAGCGUCCAAACGGAAGGGGGAGACUCUCACGAACAUGAUGGUGUUCUCUGUUUUGCUCUACGACCCCCACAGGUGUCACGGGACUCAUCUGAAAGUAACCCAUACAAACAAAUGAAAGUAUGGAGGUAGUUUUGUGCCAACAAAAAUAAGGGGUUAAAUAUGUGAACAAAAAAAACAAAAUAUUUCCUGAGCUUUCUUAUAUCUCCUAGAUAUAGGACAGACACUUCAAAACCUUAUUCCUUACGAUGUAUUUUUUGCCAUUUAUAAAUGUGUUAUUCAAUGCAUUUCUAUGGGCUAUAGUAGUAAAGGACAAAUUCAAUAUUUUAUCAAAUAAAUUCAUGGUAGCACAUUCAGAGAUCGAUUUAUAGCCAUUAAUCCAAAAAUAAUUAAUAGAUUUUGUUUGUCGUAGAUGGAGGAGAUUAAUAUGAGAUGAAAGGCGAGGUCCUAACGAGUUCGGGAAGCCAACCUAUAGCUCUGUGAGACGUUCACAGAGAAGAGGGCAGAUGUUUUGAUCAAGAGAGAUCUUUAGAAAAUAUGCAAAUUGUCUCUCACUAAACAUUCAACUAUGAAUUUUACAGUUAUAAUGAAGGUGAAAUCUUAUAGUAGUUUAUAAUUUGAUUAUGCUAUAUUUAGAAAGCAUAAAGGUCAUUUCAAGCCUUAUUCAUACAGUUUCGUUGAAUAGGAAAUACAUCAUAUAAAAUAUUUCAUAGUUUUCAUAGUUUUAUCAUUAUUGUACAGUUUACUUGAGCUUGUGUCUGCAAAGGUGACUACAUCUCAGCAAUAUAAAACUAUUUUUACCAGAAAGGUGUGAUUUUAACCUUUCUUUGAGUGUGCAGCAUGACUAGUUAUUGUUUAUGGCCCUCUCAAUACGUAAAGUGCCUUCGGAAAGUAUUUAAACCCCUUGACUUUUUCCACAUUUUGUUACGUUACAGUCUUAUUCUAAAAUGGAUUUUUUUUUAUUUUUUUUUCUCAGCAAUCUACACAUAAUAACCCAUAAAGACAAAGCGAAAACAGGUUUUUAGAAAUGUUUGCAAAUGUAUUAAAAUUAAAAUCAGAAAUACCUUAUUUACAUAAGUAUUCAGACUCUUUACUAUGAGACUUGAAAUUGAGCUCAGGUGCAUCCUGUUUCCAUUGAUCAUCCUUGAGAUGUUUCUACAACUUGAUUGGAGUCCACCUGUGGUACAUUCAAUUGAUUGGACAUGAUUUGGAAAGGCACACACCUGUCUAUAUAAGGUCCCACAGUUGACAGUGCAUGUCAGAGCAAAAACCAAGCCAUGAGGUCGAAGGGAUUGUCCAUAGAGCUCCAAGACAGGAUUGUUUCGAGGCACAGAUCUGGGGAAGGGUACCAAAACAUUUCUGCAGCAUUGAAUGUCCCCAUAAACCCAGUGGCCUCCAUCAUUCUUAAAUGGAAGAAGUUUGGAACCACCAAGACUCUUCCUAGUGCUGGCCUCCCGGUCAAACUGAGCAAUCGGGGAAGAAGGGCCUUGGUCAGGGAGGUGACCAAGAACCCGAUGGUCACUCUGACAGAGCUCUAGAGUUCCUCUGUGGAGAUGGGAGAACCUUCCAGAAGGACAACCAUCUCUGCAGCACUCCAGCAAUCAGGCCUUUAUGGUAAAGUGGCCAGACGGAAGCCACUCCUCAGUAAAAGGCACAUGACAGCCCGUUUGGAGUUUGCCAAAAGGCACCUACAGACUCUCAGACCAUGAGAAACAAGUUCUCUGGUCUGAUGAAACCAAGAUUGAAGUCUUUGGCCUGAAUGCCAAACGUCACGUCUGGAGGAAACCUGGCACCAUCCCUACCGUGAAGCAUGGUGGUGGCAGGAUCUUGCUGUGGGGAUGUUUUUCAGCGGCAGGGACUGGGAGACUAGUCGGGAUGAGGCAAAGAUGAAAGGGGCAAAGUACAGAGAGAUCCUUGAUGAAAACCUGCUCCAGAGCUCUCAGGACCUCAGACUGGGACGAAGGUUCACCUUCCAACAGGUCAAUGACCCUAAGCACACAGCCAAGACAACGCAGGAGUGGCUUCGGCACAGGUCUCUGAAUGUCCUUGAGUGGCCCAGCCAGAGCCCGGACUUGAACUCGAUCGAACAUAUCUGGAGAGACCUGAAAAUAGCAGUGCAGUGACGCUCCCCAUCCAUCCAGACAGAGCUUGAGAGGAUCUGCAGAGAAGAAUGAGAGAAACUCCCCAAAUACUGGUGUGCCAAGCUUGUAGCGUCAUAUCCAAGAAGACUCAAGGCUGUAUUCCCUGCCAAAGGUGCUUCAACAAAAUACUGAGUAAAGGGUCUGAAUUCUUAUGUAAAUGUGAUAUAUCCGUUUAUUUUAAAUACAUUUGCAAACAUUUAUAAAACCUGUCUUUGCUUUGGGGUAUUGUGUGUAGAUUGAUGAGAAAAAAUAAAUAUUUAAUCAAUUUUAGAAUAAGGCUGUAAUGUAACAAAAUAUGGAAAAAGUCAAGGGGUCUGAAUACUUUCCGAAUGCACUGUAGAUUACAUUUUCAAUUACAUUUAGUUACAUUUGACAGGUUAGUAGCCCCCCCCCCCCCCCCCCCCCCCUCCACAAUGGCUUAGAGUUUUAGAGGUUUACUGUUUGCUCACAUUGUCUCUGGUAACCUUUGCUGUCGCAGCAGUAAGAGCUCUGGGCACACAAACCCUUAUGGGCAACAACACUCGAACACAAUGCAAAUAUCCAUCUCUGUUCUCCUGGCUCUGGCCAGCACAGCAUGUUAUUUACCUACAUAUUUGAUCAUGUACCUGAUGUGCAGGAUAAACACAGUGCCUCUUACACUAUGAGAGGAAAAUGUGUUCAUGUCCAGAAACGCGCUGGUUUUAUCAAUAAGGAAGCGUCUUUAUAUACGCUUCAUUUAACUUCCACUGCCCUCCAAAAGUUGCUGAAUUUCCUCUUCACCUCAGUUUUCUCCUCAGUUCAACCACCUUAGUUGGAAAGCGAGGUAGCGGCAGUGUUCCCUUGAAACCCUUUCCUUUCAUAUACGGAAAGCACAGGCUACAAAGUGCUGAAAUAUAUUGAACUCAUGGAGCUAGCAGCUUUCGUAAGAAGGUUAAGUUAAAUGUCAAGAGCGUCUUGUAUGAAUGUAUAGUGUGUUUCUUAAUAGCAAGGACAUCUCGUGUUCAUUCGUAGGCCUUUCCAGUCACAGCCCGUCUUCCCGUAUACAGGUUGAAAAUUACUGAUUUUGUCAUUGAUAAGCACCUAAAUUGGAAUGCAGUGGCUUUACAGUAAUAUGCUAUACAUGAUGUCAGAGCUCAGGUUCUCCGCUUCACAUCGCUGUAUCGGUUUUGACUGACAGCCUUGUAAACUUGAGCCCAGCGUGCGACAGGUAGAUGCCCCCAUCCCUCCCAGCUACUUUUGCACAUUUGUUGUUGUCAGAGUGAGGGAAAUGCUGUAAAUCGAGAGGAGUCGAUGUGUUCUGAAAGAUAAGAUGUUGAGGAUUAUAAUAAUUACCGCUUUGAUGUCAUACAAGCAAAUCACACACAUGACUCCAAAUGUGCACUUUACAUUUCCAUAUUCGAAAACUAUGUUUGAUCCACAGUUACAAGGAUGACAUGCGUUAUACCCUGUGUUGUCCUUAACAGAAUGAGCCUAUGUUUGUCAUAAUGUGAAGAAAAAUUGCCGCAGAAAACGCACUUGAAUGGACUCAUGACUCCAUUCUAUGCACACCGAAAUUACAAUUUGUUUGUUUGAAGUGCCUUUUGAAAGCCUAACACUGUACGAUUGUAUUUUAUAAUUUAGCCAGCCAUGUUGCCAGUAGAAUAAGCUUUCAAAUGAUGUCCACCUGACCCAGAUUGCGAUUUAUAAUGGAAUUUUUUUGGAUUGUGUAAACAACAACAGUAAUUGUG